AUUUCUCUAACAUAUACACGCAAACGCUGAGGUCUUGUCGGAGAACCCAAUUAGGGCUUCCCAUUUCUAAUCGAACGCUUCGCCCAAUUCACGUUCCAGAUUCGUAGUCCCGGCAACUAUGGUGAGCCCGAACGCCGUAGAGGUGGCCAAGACAGUACUGGAGGUCGCCGAUGUGGCUUGGACUGCCGUGGAAUGCAGUCAUCAUCUCCGCCACCACGGCAAUUCUCACAGCUCAUCAGAUGAAAGCGAUGCAAAUUUGGAGUCACUUCGAUCCGAAAAUCGGCGACUUAGGAGUUUGCUAGAGAAGAAUUUGGUGCUACUUUAUAAGCUUUCUCAAUCGCCUUCAUUCUUGAACGAUUGUCCUCCAGAUCUGCAAGCUCGUUUAGUGGAUACUGUGAGGUCUGAUGAUUACCUGACGCGGCUCAAGUGCCUCCAACAAAAUUGUACUGAGGGAGGCAAUGAAUUCCCUUUCAAGGAGGCCACAGAUAUUGAUUAUCAAUCUGCGGAUAUUCUGAUCAACGUUGAUUCCGAACAACCGAGCUGGUGGGUGUGGGUCAAGGAUGAGGUGGAACCAAGCAAUGUUGAGGAAUGGAGUGGAAUUGAUAAUGAAAAUUACGUAGUCAUUGGUGAGGAACAUGUGGUAGAUGGAGUUGCCAACUUUAUGGCUAAGUGCAUUCUGUCAAACCCAAAAGCUCGAAAUUUGUCACCAGAGGAACUACGGAAAACUCUGUUGAAGGCAUUGGGUGGUGUAAGCAAACUGGAGAGGGUAUUAGAUAUUUGGCAUGCAGGGAAGUUGUUUUAUGCGCUAUCUACCUGGGGACUUGCUUUGGCUGGACUGUACAAAAGCCGUGGGGUUUUGAGACUUGCUGCAAAGGGUGUUCACACUGGCAGCAAACUAGCUCUCAGGGCUCUUUGAAGAUGGAGGUAGUUCCAUGGCCAUGGCAAAUGUAAAAUGUAUAUAUGGAACUCGGUGCCUUGCUAGAACAUGAACUUCCUAUAAGCACUAAUUCAUGUAAAUAACUGUAAAUAACAUUGAUCUUGUCAAUUGGCUCCUGAAACUGCUCAAUUGGUUCAUUGUAUUGAACAUCUGGUUUCUGCAUUAUAAUGCCGAGUAUGGUUUUGUGGACAUGAAAAUUUUGCUGCCUGCCA